AUGGGAGAUACUAUUGGGGCUAUCGACUGCACUCAUGUGUCAAUCAUGAGUCCAAAAAAUCAUGAAGAAGCGUAUGUCAACCACCAUGGAUACCAUUCUAUCAAUGUGCAAAUGGAGCGCGACACGAUUCAUUCAUUUGGAGCUCCUCUGCAGUCCGGAGAGUUAUGCAGCGAAGUUUUGAAAAUGGAAACUAUAAUAUGUUUUUGAUUGGUGGCUCAGGAUAUCCUUUGGAGCCGUGGUUGAUGACUCCUCUACCAAACCAACCAGAAGGGGGUCCUAAAUUCCGCUACAAUGAGGUAUUGUGCAAAGCUCGAAACCCAGUCGAGAGACUUUUUGGCGUUCUCAAAGGAACUUGGCGUUGGUUAUCUCAACAAAGGACUCUUUUGUAUGAUCCUGGAUAUACUGGAAAAGUAGUAAAAGCAUGCACAGUGUUGCAUAACUUGCGAUUGGAUGACCAAACAUACGAUCCCGAGACUGAGUUCCUAGAGCCAAGGACAAAGAGCAGUAAUGUAAAUCAAGACGCGCCGUCUUCAACAGCAAAACGCGUCCAAGACCGGCUAAUUGCAAAUUAUUUUACAUUAAUAAAACGUUGAUAAAUAAAAAUUCAGAAGGAAUACAA